AUGGAGCAGACACCCCCCAGCAUGCUCAAGCUGGCCUGGCUGGAGGAAGAAAAGGAGGCUGGAGCUAUCUCAGCACACCAGCCUGAAGAGCUGCAGCACUUCCAGCUGCUGCAUGAGGAUGGUUUGCAAAUUCAUGAGGAGGAUUUGGGAGGAAGAGAGCAGCAUCAUGGGCACUGUGAUCAGAGCGUACUCUCCCAUCUUCAAAACCAAGACCAGUGCUGCCCUGCUGGAUAUGCUUGUGGAGGAGGUGUGGAGAGUUUUGUGGAUGAGUGGCUUCGGGAGAGAGGCCAUGACUACGUGCAAGCUGCUUUCACCAUGUGGAAGAGCAUCAUGUGCUCACCCAGGACUGCAGAGCUGGCCAUGCUCGUACUCCUUGAUGUGCUGGGGAGCUGGCCAGAGCACAGCACGUGCACCUCCGAUGGUGACCACGUGGCUGUCCCUGCCCUGGCUGCAACUGUGUUGAUGUGGAAGAUCCUCCAGGUGCCCUGUGUGCCACAUGUAGUGACCAUGUAUUUCCCCGGCCUCUUUGUGCAUCUGCUCUUCCAAGUGCUCUUCAGCACCUUGGAUGUGCCAGAGGUGGUCGAUACCUUCUGGAAGGGAUGCCAGCAGCAACACGGCCUUGCCACCAACCCCAGCAACUUUGCAGAGCAGACCCUGAAGGCCCUGCUCUGCCGACUGCACUAUGAGGAUGUGGUGGUGACAAUGGAAGACAAGCGUGGAUGGGACACACUGCUCUGUGCUGAUACCCACCACUGUGCUGUGGGCGUGCUGGCCAGAGAAAUGCACCGCGCAUCCGAAGCCGUGUGUUCUGUGAUUGCAUUCCAACUGCUCGGGCUGCUCAGCAAAGACACGCCAUGCCGGGAUUUGGCCACCCUGGCGUUCCUUGUGGAGAUCCUGGAGCGCCUGAACUUGAGUGAAUGCCGUGACAGCGUCCUGGAGUUCUUGUCAAAGAACCUGAAGAGCGAGUGCAUGUGGAGGUGUUGCUUGGCACUCAGGCCUCGUGGUGCUCGGCACCACCAGUGUCUCGGUGAGAAGAGCAUGGCCAUAAGGAUGUGGAGGCUGCAUGAAAGGCUCGUGGAGCUCCUGCAGGAAGAUGACAGCGUCAUGCUCAGGAUGACCACUGUUCUCCUCAGGGGUUUAUUUCUCUGCAAUGGUGCCCCAAUAACAAGCGCACUCGCCCUGCAGCUGGCUGAGGCGCUCCUGCCACUCUUUGACAACAUAAAUAGCCAGGUACAGUUGUGCUCCAUGUUUGUCUUGCGAGAGAUGCUGGAUUUUUUUCCGGAAGAGGAAAAAAAAGCCCUGAAGGCACAUGUGUGCCAGAGCCUGCUGCCACUCUUCUUCCACUGUCAUGAUGAGAACCAGCGAGUGGCAGAGGCUUCUCAGGAAACGCUGCUUUGUGCGGCCGAGUUCUUCAAGAGGAGGGAUCUUGGACAGCUGGUGAAGAACCAGAAGCUGUGGCAGUUCACCGAGUGCCUGCUGGCAGAGGACAGCAGCAGCGUGGCCGAGCACCUGCGCUGGGCCCUGCCCUACCUGCAGAGCCCACAGGAGCCCCUGCGAGAGGCGGCCGUCAGGUUCAUGGGGACGGCUGGGCGGUACCUGAUGGGGAAAGAGCUCCAGCUCAUCUGUGAGGCCCUUGAAGGAAUGGCGAAUGACAUCAGUGUUGCCAUCACAAACCUGGCAAUUCAAACAUUGUACGUCCUCCAGGAAGCAGAGAGAGCUCCAUAUUCCAUCUUUGACAACCUGCAUGAUCGGCUUUGCAGGGCAUGGAGGAGACGGCCUCGUCUGUUGGGGCUUGGCUGGCUGCGCUGCUGGAGCUCUGCAGAGAGCUGAUACCAGAGGCUCUGUCUGCU